AUGGCGGCGGAGCGGGAUGCCGAAGGUGACAGUCCAAGCCAGCGUGGUGCAUUCGUCAUCAGUACUUGGCGGGUCGACGAGAUGGACGAGAUCGGACACAGAGAAGGCGGCAUCCGGCCAGCCAGCCUUCAAUGCUGUUGUCUUGAUCAGCUUCCCAACUGGCCGGGCUUCUUCGCAGUUCACUGCCUCCCUCCCUCUCUCUCUCAAGAGUCGCGGCCGCCGAAGUAUUUUUUUUUUCCCUCCUUCUUUUUCAUCUUCAUCACUUUUGCUCCUUGA